AAGUAGUACCGCCUGCCUCCCCCGUGUAUCUGGAAUGGUACAGUCCGGAACUUGAAACAUUUUGCGGGAAGCUGUUUCGAGCUGCGGAGUGUUGACAAAACAAACUUAUCAACGCUAAACUACAGUUGUUCCACAUGGGUCCCAAAAAGGGCAGAGGGGCCAAAGUGGUCGCAGUGCCAGAGAGUCAAAAGGAUUCAUCCUUUGAUCAUGCGGAUUCUCCCAACCUGUCUGCUAUAGAGAGAGCUAGCUUCCUGGAGGGACUGCAGCCAAGUCAUGGUAACCCUCUGCACAGUACCGCAUUGGAGGAAGAUUUAAAUGUCUUAGAGAAGGGACAGAUGGACAAAGGAAAAGCUGGGAGGAAGGAUAUUCCUCAGACGUCGAAGACCACUGUUAAACAGCGUAGUGCUGCUGUGAAGAGAAAGAAAACAGAGAGAGAUGGAGACAGUGAGGAGGAGGAAGAGGAGAAGAGGAAGAGCAGGAGAAGUACUGGAGGCAAGGUCAAAGCCAGGCCAGGAGAGAAACAGAGAAAGAAGGGAGCGCCUCAGAGGGAAAGGGGAGAGUUAGCUGUGGAGAGGAAGGAGCCAGAUCAGCCAGACCCAAGCUCCAACCUCCAGAAAAGCAACCAGCUGACCUCAGCAGCCGGCAGUCUCAAACAUUUAGUUGGGAAAAGGCCCGCUAAAAGGAGGAGUGCUGGACAGAUGACUGCAGCGAGGCCCGUGAAAAACCAGCUGAUGAAGAAGGACAAGAAGAGACAGAGUGAAUCGGGAAGUGGAAACUCCAGUGACCCUCAGUCACAAGUGGAUUCUGACACAGACACCGCCCAGCAGAGACGUAGGAAAAUCCUGUCCUCUGAUGAAGAGGUCGGGGACGAGGACACAAGUUGGAAACCAAGUCCAAAGAACGCCAAGGUCUACAAUUUCAGUAGAACCAGAAAAUCUGCGUCUGAUAAGUCUAAAACUAGGAAGUCUUCAUCGGGCAGUGCGUCUGCCGACCCAGACAAGGCCAGCGCCGAUAAACAGAGGAAGAGACGAGGUCGUCAGGGAGGAACAGAGUUAGAUGUGGUGCUGGAUGCUUUCCUUGACUUCUGUGACCAGUACAGAGAGUCUGUGGAGUCUAAAGUGGUCAAACAGUCAAUUGAUUCUUUUUCCUCCAAUGUGAAAGAGCAACUCUUGGAAAAGAUCUCUUCUUCCAAGGAGCUUAAAGUUCUAAAAAGAGAAAACGCUAAGGUGGGUUCUUUGAUCCGCACAAAGACACAGAAAUUGUUGGAUGCCAAACACGAGCUCAUGAGGGCAGAGAGGCAGAUGUGGUUGCUGCAAAAGGAGAAAGCUGAACUUAAACUCCGAUUAGCUGAUCUGAAGCGCGGCCAAGCCUUCCUGCAUGACAUCAGAGAGCUCUACGGACAUUACCUGGAUUACCGACACAAACACCCCAAAGAGAAAGAGACGUAUGGGGCGUCCAGCUUGCCAGCUCUGCUGUUGGAGACCAGGCAUAUUCAGGUGGCAGAGCAACAGCUGAGAGGAAUCGAUAACCAACGGGGGAUAAGACAGAAGAACAGCACUAGGAAAUAAUGUGCUAUGCCACACAAAUACACAGGUUAAAGACUCAAAGACUAUAUUAUGAGCAAUACAAAAUCUGCUGGAAGUGUUUUAAGGCCUUUAUACAGAAAGAAGCAUGAUGAUUUGGAUUGUAUGUUAUAUUUUGUGGUUCUGAUUUCAUUGUGUAUAUGAGCCAAAUCUUGGAUCAUCGCUAAAUAUAUUGCUAAAUACAAUACUGUACAUAUAAUAAAUGCAAAAUGGGGUCAU